GGAACAAUGGGGCAAUCGGGCUCAAAGGGUGGCAGCAAGGACGAGUUCACGUACGAAGACUCUGACGAAGGCUUCACGGACGCGCUGAAGAUCAACCUGCAGCGACUUAUUGCAUAUGCCAAGAGUGCCGACGCCAACUUGCAGCGCGAAGUGGCAGAGAAGCUUGCGAACGAAGCCGUCAAGCCGGACCGUCAAGUGCAGAUCGUGGAGCUUGAUGGGCUCAAGCUGCUGCUUCCGUUGACGCAGUCGAAAGACACGGAAGUCCAGCGGCUGGCGGCCCAUGCGUUGGCGAAUCUGUCUGUCAAUUCCGACAACCAAGCGAAGAUGGCGAACGAAGGCGGCAUCGACAUGCUCAUUCACUUGUUGCAAUCGACUAACGAACAUGUUCAGCGCCAAGCUGCCAAGGCUCUCGCCAACCUCGGCGUCAAUGUGGACAACAAGGAAAAGAUCGCCAAAGCAGGCGGCAUCAAACCGUUGAUCGAGUUGGCCCGAUCCAAACAAAUUGGCGUCGCGGUCGAAGCCAUCGCAGCGUUGGCCAACUUGGCCGUGAACGAUGCAAACGAAAUCGAAAUCGCACAGGAAGGCGGGCUCAAGCCCAUUAUCCACGGGGCCAAGUCCGACUCGAUGGAGCUGCAGUCCCAAGUCGCCCGUGCGUUGCGCAAUCUGUCUGUGAAUCCCGACAACAAGGAGCUGAUUAUCGAGUUGGGCGGUGUCGAUGCAUUGCAGCUUCUGGUGCGGUCGCCUAACGAGCGCAUUUGCCAGCAGGCCACCCGCGCCCUCGUCAACCUCGGCGUCAACACGGCCGAGUAGGGAUCGAUCGGUUGUUGUCGGCCAACAACAACCAUCUCCAUCCUUAGAUAACCAAAUGCAUUGUUGUGUGUAUUCA